AUGUCGCGUAUCGAGACGCGCGGAAAGACCUACGGAACGAGGUCGUCGGGCGCGCCGGCUUCCCGUCCGAUGGCGCCGCGGCAGAAGCGGAAGAGCUCCUCACGGAAGUCCGGGCCGUCGCAGGUGGCGGCGGGGCAGCAGCAGGGCCAGGCCCGGCGGCGGCGAAAGCGACCAGUCACGGCGGGAGCGAGGAUGAUGGGCUCAUGCGGCGGCGGAUCGAACAAGAGGGCGAUCCGGUCGGCGUGGGAGGCGCAGUUUGCGGACGGGACACACGAGCUGUUUGCCUCGGGCCGGCGGACGGCACAUGUCCGCGAGCAAUCAGCCCGGUUCAAUGCCGACGUCACCCAGUCGGCGGCCGAGAUGCACAUUCAAGCGUACGAGCUCGCGCGUGGCGUCCGCUCGCAGUUUGUCACGCCCAAGCUGCCCAAGGUGCACGCCUUUGGAUACUCGGGUUCUGUGGCACGGGCGCGGCUUGCGCCCGAUUUGCACGCAGCGUCGCUGGCGAGCCGCAAGUUCUCGGUCCGCGGCGACCGUUACGGGGUCGAGGGCGUUAUUCUCGAGCGCCUCAAGCGGUCGAUGGGCGAGUACAACAUGACGCCAGACGCGUACUGCAUCCUUGACGCCAUGGUGUCAGGCAAGGUGCCCGACGCUGUCCUCAAGCGCCACCUCGGACCGGACGUGACGCCCGACGAUUUGAUGACCAUGUAUACUCGCCGGUAUGGCGACGACGCAGGCCACCCUUCUGACGAGGGUAAGCCCAAUACCCACUGCUCGACGACCGAGCUCGACUCUGCCGUCGAUCGGGUGAUGCGGCAGUCGGAUGGGGCCCGGCGUAGAUGGCGAGAGACAGUGUCGGCGCGGCCGGCGACAGCGUCGGCCAUUCCCGAUCGCCGGCAGCGGAUUCUCGACCGUGUGGAGGCGACAACAGCAGCAGCAGCCGCCCGCGGCAUCCGGCCUUCGACCGCCGCCGCCACCGUGGCCGCCGUCAAGGCCGCGGCAUCGGUGGCUCAGGCCGACGCAGCAGACUCUGGCACCGUCCACGCCGAGGCGCCGGCUGAGCUUGUCGACAUCAUGGACGACAACGCGCUGUAUGCCAACGCCGGCUACAAGGCCCAUCUCGACGACGGACUCACCAAGCUGCGGUUCCGACACGACGUCCGCCCGCGCCCACCGACGCUCACUUACUCGGGCGAGCGCCGGCGUAUCCUUGUCGACUUUCCUUAUCAGCCGACGACCAUCGAGAACGAGGUCGCGUCGGCGCGGCUCGCCGCAGCAGGCUCGGGUUCGACUUUGGUCCCAGCCUCGGUCCUCCUCCCGGAAGCGUUGCCCGCCACGAGUCCGACCUCCCCGCCGUCGGCGGCCGCCAAAGCCCGUGCCAACCCGUCGGAGUUUGUCGCUGUUGACGAUCUUGUUGACAUGAUGAUCAGGCCGCGCUCGACCAAGUUUGAGCCUGUCGAAGUCCAUGUCUAGCCCACCCCACCCGCGAUUGGAUGAGGCAUUGCUGUGCCUGUGAUCAACCGAAAGCCGCACCCGCCCGACAGAAUCGUCGACGAUGACAAGCAUACUGCAGGCGAGUAGCGCUCAAUGAAACAGACCGUGGUGG